GCCAAGUUGGUAAGGCGCCACACUAGUAAUGUGGCGAUCCUCAGUUCAAAUCUGAGUGAGAGCAAUUGUUUUUACUUUUUUUUACAUGCACAAUGCAACUAGAAAUAUUUUUCAUCCGCUAAAUUUUUUUCUAUAGUUCAUUUUAAAAGAAAUACUGCUUGGAAAUCCUCCUUACUUCGAUCAAAGUUAAAGUUAGCACAAGCAAUAACCACAGUGAACCAUGCCAAGAAAGAAAUCAGCAGCAAAAAAAGCAAAAGAGCUUCAGGAAGCCAAAUUGCUGGAAGUAUCUGAGAAUAAACCUUUACCUCUCAAUAUCGAAGAUCUCAAAAAAGAGUUGAGGGAAGACGACAAAGAAGAUGACUCAAACUCUGAUGAAGAAGAUGAAGAAGACGAAGAGGAGGACGACUACGGUGAGCUGUUGACAGAAAAUGUUGAAAGUGGCCUAAAUGAAGUUUUGAAAGCCAUCAAAACGGGUGAUCAAAGACUUUUUGAUUCAUCUGUAAGUUUUUUCAAAACUGACGACGCCAGUGUUGACGGAAGUGAUGAUACGACGAAGGCUUCAAAACCAAUUUAUUUGAAGGAAUACCAUCUUAGUAAUUUAUUGGCUGGAGAUGAGGAAAAAGGCCAAUCAAUAGACGAAGAAAAACCUUAUGCUCUUCAACAAAAAGAAGAUAAGGAAAACUUAGUCAAAGAAAUUCACAAUGCUUUAGGAGGCGAGGACAGCAGCGAUGAUGACGAUGACAAUUUCUUGAUCAAGAAAGAGAAGAAAACAGGAGAACAUAGACCUUCAACCAUACUUUCCCUACCCGAUCCUGAGAAGGAAGGAAAAGAGAAGUUCCUUGAAGCCUUCAUGGAAAAUCAUGCAUGGUUACCAAAUAAGGGAGAGGAAGUAGGCGUCGAAAAUGAGGAUGAUUCAGACUUUGAUAAAGCUGCAGAAGAUUUUGAGAAUGCAUACAAUUUCCGUUAUGAAGAUCCAAAAUCAACAGAGAUCGUCAGUUAUGCUAGAUCCCAAGCUACUAUGAGACGUGAAAAAAUGAACAGCAGAAAACGGGAACGUUCCAAGCAACAACUAGAGGCAGCUCGUGAGAAGGAGGAGGUCAAUGAGGGCUUGAAGAAAAAGAAGUUGAAGAAGAUGAAUUUAGUGAUGGAUAGGAUUAAAGAGAUAAAGGAAGCAGUUGGAGAUCAAGUGAGUGAUGAUAAAAUUGUUAAAGUGUUUGGUGACUCCUUAAUGAAUGAAGAUUUUGAUGAUCAAGAAUGGGACGCCAAAAUGAAUGAAAUAUUCAACGACGAAUAUUAUGCUGAAGACGAUCAGACUCUGAAGAAACCAGAAUGGGAUGACGAUCUCGGAUUGGAAGAUGAGAAGUCUGGUGAUGAAAUAGAGGAUGAAGAGGUCAGCGAAAAGCUUCAGAAGUCAGAAGAAGAUGUGGUAGUUAGCAGUUCGGUAGUAUCGUCCCAUAAGUCGGAAAAGAAGGAUCAAAAGCUGGCCAAAAAGCAGGAGAAAAAGAAAGUUAAAGAAGUUGUUGAACGAUUAGUAGAAUCUAGAACUUUGGAUAUCUUGGAUGAGGUCCAAGAGGAACGUGGUAGAGACAAGGGUACGUCAAAACAUUCAUUCAAAUACAGAGAAGUUUCUCCAGAGAGUUUUGGUUUAACGUAUAAUGAAAUCUUUCAAGCGGAUGAUAAAGAUUUGAACGAACUAAUUGGCUUAAAAAAACUGGCGCCUUACAGACCCCAUGAAAAAGUUACCAAGGACAAGAGAAAAGUGACUAAGAGCAAAAACAUGAGAGAAUGGAGAAAGCGUACCUUCGGAUCGGAGGAAGGUAUAUCAAAAGCUGCUGAUAUGGAGAUAAAAAUCCCAUCGAUCGUUUUUGACAACAAUUCUAGAUCAAGCACUCAAGAACCAAAGCAGAAAAAGAGAAAGUCAAAGUCCAAAGGCGGAAAAAAACACUAGAAGAAACUAAAUUUGUAUAAUUAACUAUAUUAAUAUAAUUAUGAGACUUUAUUUAAAAAAGUAUCUAUGACAGAUGCGUAAGUUUCAUUUGUCUGUGCAUAGAGGCGAGUUCAAAGAGAAGG